UUUUCUUUCUUUGGUGAAUGCAACGCACCUUCAUGGAGACUAAAUUAGAGCUAAAAUGAGAGUGAAUAUUGGACUCCAAAUGAAUGCUAAUGUUGCUUCAUUUCUGCUGGUUGUGUAAGUAGGUAACUGUUUGCGUGUAGAACGUUAGCCAUUACAACUUUGUGAGGAAAGGACAUGGUGGUAGCUGUUUACUGUUAGUGAGUAUUGAGGUUUUUCUGUCAUUUAACUUCCUAAAUCAAACUGCAGAAUGUCUCUCUUGUCUUCUUCCUUCUUUCUAAUAUUUGAAAAAUAUGUUCAAAUAAGGGCAUGGUGCCACUCUGAGUGUUUGGCCACGGUCAACCUCUCCUCUAUAAAAAAGCCCCUUCCUCUUUAUUGUGUUCACUGCAGCACCGUCCCUCCUAACACUGAGAAGAAAACAGAGUGAACAGCUUCCAUCAGACAUCUUUCUCCAGCAAAGGAGAUGGCUGGCCUGUGCUGGGUGACGGUGAUGCUGGCCUUCUUCCUGUCUGCUGAAAACAGUUUGGCUGCUGUGAACCAGAACAGGCUUGCAAGAAUUGUAAAUGGCAUCUUGGGAGAGUACAGAAUAAAUGAGAUGUUCAGUCUGGCUGUAAGCAUCCCAGAGAACCAGAACCAAGACACUGACCAAAUCCUUCAGCAAGUCUUCACAAGUGACCCUGGUGACAAUGUGACGAAUAAGAUCAUCAAUGAUGAGAUGGCUGGCCUGCACUGGGUGGCUGUGGUGCUGGUCUUCUUCCUGUCUACUGGGAACAGUUUGGCUGCUGUGGACAAGAGUUGGCUAACAAGUAUUGUCAAAGGCAUCAAGAAUGAGUAUGCGCUAGGUGACACCUUCAGUCUGGCUGUGAAUGUCCCACAGAACCAAGACCCAACUAAUCUUCAGGAAGUCUUCCAGGACGACCCAGCAGACAAAGUGAAACAAAGUGUCUCACAGGGUCAAGUGUACCGAGGCAGCAGGGUGGUUGCAGCAUCAGGGGCAGUGUUAAAUGUUUUAGAAAACAUACAACCCCUCAUUACAAGCAGUCAGGGUAAUUUCCUCAUUGUCUACUCUGAAGAAUCCCCAUGUGGUCUGACGUGUACAAGCAAAAAUGAGGGCACUGUCGCUGACAAGAUUAAUGAUGUCAUUAAGAAUUGGAGUGGUUAUGCAUUCGUGUUUUCUAAAGUAGUCGACGUUGCUGCCAAAGACACGUCUCAACGGGCUGAAUCCUUUUAACAACUUGGGGUUUCUAAAUUCAGACUUGACAACAUAUUCCGUUGUUAUAAACCUGGAGAUGAUCCUUUUCAGUGUACCAGCUGCUCCUCAGGUGGAGAUGUUACACCCUCGUGUGUUGCAAAUGAAGGCACGUCAAAUCAAGAACAGGGUAUAGGUGACAAAUCAGUGACCAGGCGCAAACGUAGAGCAGGUGGCGGGCAUGGCAGAAGUGGCGGGCGUAGCAGAGGUGGCAGGCGUAGCAGCGGAAGUAGCAAACGUAAAAAACGACGUCCCGGCUUGUUUUGGGGGUAGGAAACUACUGGUGGCCUCCAUGAUUGAAGAACCAGCAGCCCAGUAAAGCUUACUGAAACAAAACUAUACUCUAUGCUUAAUAAAAACUUAUUUUAAGAAUUUAAAUAAGAAUUUAUUUUUCUGGUUCUUAAUUCAUUUCUGACAAUGACUGAAGGUUUAAGCAUCACAUGUGUCAUGAUUUUAAAACUUAUUCUCCACCUGCCUAAACAAACUGAAAAAGAGACAUUGCUGCAAAGUUUGAAAAAAUAAAAAUAGGAUGAAUAUACACUCCUGUUUUAUGUAGUAACAUGGGUAUGGACUUGAAAACCCAAACUAGUUAAUUUGCUGUGUUACAAUCACAGUUAAACAAACAAACAAACAAACAAAAACUUGAAAUGUUAUGUUUUUUGGUAUGUUUAAUCUGCAAAAUAGAGCUUUGGUAUCUCGUUUUAAAUCCAGCCAUUUCACCUGACCAAUUACAGGAAAUGUGAUCUUCAAUUCAAUGAAGGUAAAGAAGAGGUUUUUCCAUUUUUUCCCCAAAUCAU